CUGCCCCACUGGCCCAUCCAUACUGCCCCACCUCCAUCUCUGCCCUGUGACCCCUCACCACCGUCCACAGCAUUCUCACCUUUCAGCAUGCGUCUACAUCGUCUUGCCAAUACUGAGUCUCCACCUACACUUAAUGCCCGGAGACCUCCGUGAACCUUGACCCCUACCUAUCCCCACACCUCAUGUCCCUUCCUUCACAACCCCCUCCCAUGCUGCCCUCUGCCCUUCAGUCAUCAUCCCCAUCCAGCGCCCCCAGAUCCACACACUCCCUCCAUCCUCAUACAUCCUCUUGCAUACCCCAGGCUCACACAGGUCCUAUUCACAAGCACAAACACGUCACCUCUGUCGCCCCGGAGUCUCCCUCGGGGUGACUUGCUGAUGCCAGAGACAGAAGGGAGUGUGAUCAUAUCAGCCCUAGGGAAUAGAGAUGCAGGACUGUGUGUCUGGUCUGGGGGGACAUCAGGUUGGCGACCGAGUCUUUCAAUCAGCUAGCCCAUCGCUAAGGAAUGAACUGACAGCUGCCCACUGGGGCUCAUCUGGGGCUGCUGCUCUGCCAAGCCUCUUCCACACACCAGGGCUAUCUAUGGCAGUCUCUUCCUAGACCCAGUGGACUGGAUUCAGUGAAGCAGAGCCCAGCUGGCAUCCUCCACAUCUGCAAGGGUCCCUCAUGAGCCACGUGCGCACCGUGGCGCGCGAGCGAUGGGUGACACACACAAGGCGAGUGUCAGCGAAGGCCUCAGAAUCGCAUGGGUGUCCUCCUGGAUUUCCGCUUCUCUGAGGGAGCCGGCUCCUCGCACUCCACGCGCCAUGGACGCCCACGGAAAACGAGGGAAGAACACGCGUAAGUCGCGGAGCCCGAGAGUGACCUUCCUUUGCGGGGCCUGCGGGGGGGGGGGUCCAGGCUCGGAAGGCCCCGCCCCGCGUCGCCAUUGGCUGAGUCCCCGUGUCCUUUCAAAACCUCGGUUUUCAUUGGCUUAUACGGCCCCGCCCGCGCGGCCAGAAGCAGAGGGGCCGCCGCCCGCGCGCGAGUUGCGCGUGCGCAGGGCGAGCGAGCGUGCCGUGGGGGAGCCGCGGUACGCUGUGCGCCUCCGCGACAAUACUACAGCAAACUAGUCCGGACGGGUCGCCGUCCCCGUGCGGCACGGGCCCUUGACAAACCGACAGGGAACGUCCGGCUUUCCCAGCAACGCCUAGCGAUACAACAGCCGCACUGCAAAGCAAGCCUCGGGCGGAAGGGGGCGGGGCCUUAGGCGGCCCCGCCUUCGCGGAAGGAUACGCGUCUCCGUGGUCCAAAACCCCGGGGCGAGGCGGCCGGGGCGUGUGAGCCGCUCGGCCAGCUGUCGUAUACGCGCUUCCGCGCGGCCACCGGGCAACUGCGCCGCGCGGCUGCCUCGCUGAGCGCUCGGCCUCGGGGCCGCGGGGAUCCGCCGCGCUGUCUGCGGUCGGGAAGACCGCCCUCCCGCGUCCGUGCCGGACGGGUCAGAGGCGGCACCGCACGCGACGCCACCCGCGAUGCUGCUGUCUAAGUUCGGCUCCCUGGCGCACCUCUGCGGGCCUGGAGGCGUGGACCACCUCCCGGUGAAGAUCCUGCAGCCAGCCAAGGCGGACAAGGAGAGCUUCGAGAAGGUGUACCAGGUGGGCGCCGUGCUGGGCAGCGGGGGCUUCGGCACGGUCUACGCGGGCAGCCGCAUCGCCGACGGACUCCCGGUGGCCGUGAAGCACGUGGUGAAGGAGCGGGUGACCGAGUGGGGCAGUCUGGGCGGAGUGGCCGUGCCCCUGGAGGUGGUGCUGCUGCGCAAGGUGGGCGCGGCGGGCGGCGCGCGCGGCGUCAUCCGCCUGCUGGACUGGUUCGAGCGGCCCGACGGCUUCCUGCUGGUGCUGGAGCGGCCAGAACCGGCACAGGACCUCUUCGACUUCAUCACGGAACGGGGCGCCCUGGACGAGCCCCUGGCGCGCCGCUUCUUCGCGCAGGUGCUUGCCGCUGUGCGGCACUGCCACAAUUGUGGGGUUGUGCACCGAGACAUCAAGGACGAGAACCUGCUGGUGGACCUGCGCUCGGGCGAGCUGAAGCUCAUCGACUUCGGCUCGGGCGCGGUGCUCAAGGACACGGUCUACACUGACUUUGAUGGCACUCGCGUGUACAGCCCCCCAGAGUGGAUCCGCUAUCACCGCUAUCAUGGGCGCUCUGCCACUGUGUGGUCUCUGGGUGUACUGCUCUAUGACAUGGUGUGUGGGGACAUUCCCUUCGAGCAGGACGAGGAGAUCUUGCGUGGCAGGCUAUUUUUCCGGAGGAGGGUCUCCCCAGAGUGCCAGCAGCUCAUUGAGUGGUGUCUCUCCCUGCGGCCCUCAGAGAGGCCCUCACUGGACCAAAUUGCUGCCCACCCCUGGAUGCUGGGGACAGAGGGGAGCGUUCCAGAAAACUGUGACCUUCGGCUCUGUGCCCUGGACACUGAUGACGGAGCCAGCACCACUUCCAGCAGUGAGAGCUUGUGAGGAGGAGGAGGCUGGACUCCACACUGGGGGCCUGGGCUCAGCCUAGCAAGCCCUCUUCCAGAACGAACAUUCUCUGCCUGGGAUGUCUCCUGCAAAAGCAGUGACCUCUGACCCCUGGUGACCUUUGCUCUCGGCACCGGGCCUGUUUCCUUUGCUUUGAGUGCCUUUUUGAACGCUGCUCCACAGGGCCUGGGUUUUCUUGAGCUCUUCUGUCCAAAGAUGGCUGCGGGCUGAGCAAGGUCCCGCCUGCCUUGGGUGGAUACUUGAACCAGAGACCCCUACCCUGCUGCUGCAUCUUGGAGGCAGCCUUCCUGACCAACUGUGUCUGACAUGGAGCACCCCGUGGUGCCCCCCUCCCACCCUCCAGUCUCAUGGUGUUCGUCUGGGCAUGUCUGCACAAGCAAUGCAAACGGCUGGGCCGCUGGUGCCCAUCUGCCAACCCGGGCGCGCAGCUUAGGCGUGCCAGGGUCUCUUAUUUAUGGUGUGACCACCCUGGAGGGCGCCCCUGCCCUGCUGGGGCUAUUUAUUGUUUAAUUUAUUUGCUGAGGUUACUUCCUCCAAGCAGCCCCUCCUCCAGGCCCCUGGGGUGAACAGGAGAGUCAAGGGUGGCUGUGGAGUCCACAGAGCCCACCCAUCCUGCUUCCUGCACCUGGAGUAGGUCCCCAGCCCACAUGUCUGUGGGAGGAAGAACUUGUACAGUGGCUAAUUUAAGGGAAGUGGGGGACCCUGCCACCCUGGGCACUCUUGCGCUGGGGGGGUGGGGGUGGGUUUUAAAUUAUUGACCUUGUACAGUCUGCUUGCUGGCUCUGAAAGCUGGGGUGGGGGACAGAGUCUCAAGCCCUUAAUUUAUUUUAGCAGCUGUGUUUCUGUGACCCUGGUGUGAGUAGGCAUCAGGGGAGGGGGUUGUUUAAGUUCAAGUGUGAGAUGUCUGGAAAUCAUAUUUUUUAUACAGGUAUUUCAAUUAAAUGUUUUGGUAUAUAGUG